GAGACAUAAUUUAUACAGCACUAAUACAUAGUUUAAUAAUGUAUAGUUUAAUUUGAUGUUUGUGUAUUUUUUUUAAAACAUGUCUGACAUUGUGCUUGUUAUUUGUGGGUAAAUCCUCGUGCUGUGUGUCGGUGAUUUUCUUCCCCAAGACAGCGAACAGUCCAUGAUUAGAUAAAGCUAAAAUUCGGAUUAUUUUCUGAUAAAACAACACAGAGCCAGAUUUAUAACUGUUUUUCUGAGUAGAUCAGAGUCUAAUCUGAUGUUUUUAACACAAAAACGGAAAGAUUAUCUGAGGGUUUAAACAUGAGGUGUUUGAUAUAAAGACACAGUCUGCUUCUGGAUGAAGGUUAUAACUGAGUUAUAAUAAGGUUAUAAUAAGGUUAUAACCACUGCAGUGCCAUGCCAUGGACAGAGAGACGCUAGGAGCGUGCAGCAGCCUGGUUCAGUCGGACCGUCAGCCAUGUGCUGAGCUGCAGCCCUCACACUUUCUGCACUACAUCCAGACUGAGAUCUCCUACAGCCAGUUCUUCAGCAGAUACCUCCUCCCCAACCGGCCCUGCAUGUUCUCCUCCAACUUCACCCAGACCUGGAGCUGCAGGAGCCGCUGGGUCGGACACCACGGCAAGCCCGACUUCCACACGCUCCUGCAGGAGUUCGACGAGACGCCGGUCCCGGUGGCAGACUGCAACACCAAAGAGUACAACUCCAACCCCAAACACAUCAUGAGCUUCAGAGAGUUCCUCUCCUACUGGAGAGACUACAUCCAGAAUGGACACUCCUCACCGAAAGGCUGUCUCUACCUCAAGGACUGGCACAUGCACAGGAUGUUUCCAGAGCACCACGCCUACACCACGCCCAUCUACUUCUCCUCUGAUUGGCUGAAUGAGUACUGGGACACGCUGGACAUGGACGACUAUCGCUUCAUCUACAUGGGCCCUAAAGGAUCCUGGACGCCGUUCCACGCAGACGUGUUCCGCUCCUACAGCUGGUCAGCGAACAUCUGUGGGCGUAAGAAAUGGCUGCUGUACCCCCCGGGGCAGGAGGAGUUCCUGCGAGACUGCUGUGGAAACCUGGCCUAUGAUGUCACAUCCCCUGCCCUGCAGGACCAGCGGCAUUUCCCUCGCUUCAGUCAGGCAUGUCGCCCCCUGGAGGUGAUUCAGGAGGCUGGAGAGAUCCUGUUCGUCCCCAGCGGCUGGCAUCAUCAAGUCUACAACCUGGAGGACACAAUCUCCAUCAAUCAUAACUGGCUAAACGGCUGUAACGUGGAUGUGGUGUGGGAGUUCCUGCAGGGGGAGCUGUCGUCUGUCCAGAAGGAGAUCGACGAGUGGAGGGACACCAUGGACUCCUGGGACCAUCACUGUCAGGUGAUGAUGAAGUCCUGUACAGGGAUCGACUACGCUGAAUUCGCCGCCUUCCUCAAAACCAUCGCUAAUCACCGUAUCUCCUUCCUGUCCUCUGGUCACGGAAACACCUUGUCAGAGACGCUGAGUGCUCUCGGGCCUCACCACGCCACCUUUGACCUUCAGAGAGUGGCUCAUGUCCUAGAGAGCAUGCUGAGCAACGAGGAUUUUAAACGAGUGGAAACGUCAGAGCUGGAGAUCAACCUGGAGGAGCUGCUGCAGGAGAUCAGAGACACCAUCAGCAAAUACAACACGGCAUACUGAACAGCUUCAUCACCAUCACCUUCAACAGCUUCAUCACCAUCACCUUCAACAGCUUCAUGACGUGAACAUCCUCAUGCGAGUGGAGAAUCAUGUGGAACAUCUGAGUUUCAGUGUUAUUUUAACUUUCACCAUAAAUAAGAAUAAUCCUGACUGAUGUUAGUGUUCCUGAUAAAAUAAAGAAUAAACUCUAUUUAUAAACGAAUCACAGACUUGGAAUCCUGAACACAACAAACUGCUGGAAAUAUCUGCCACUAAAAUAACACCUGAAAGUCACGCCCCCUGAGCAGCCCGAAUACUCCAGUAAGAAACUGUGUCUCUGUUUCAUUCUAAACAUCAUGAAGAAGAAGCUGGAGCUGUGAUGUCACUUCCUGAUCCCAGCGUUUUUAUUGAAAUAAACAGAUUUAACAUCAAACAGAA